GACUCGCUCUCGGACUUCUCGGACUCCUCGGAUCAGCUUGGCGUCGGCAUGCUCGAGAGCAUGUACGCAUAUUUCAGGGUGCUCGAAGAAGGCUACCCUGUCACCACGUGCUCUCCUCGCUUCGCCUCGUUAGUUGGGUUGCCCCUUGACCAGAUCAGAUUGCUGGACUUGGUGUUCGACACGGAGGCGUUCAUCAUGCACGCGCAAUUGCUGUGCAACCGAGCAUAUCAGAGCGGCGACUUGAAGGUCUCGACCAUGUGCGCAAACGUCUGCUUGAUGCCGGCCCGCAAGAGGACGGACCGUCGAAUGUACGGGUUCAGUGCCCACCUGGAACUCAGCAUGGACCACAACAACAGUGCGGGUGACGUCGAAGAGUGGACGGUGCGGGCGCAGUUUCACGACGUCGCGAAGACCCUGCUGCACGCUCGACCCUGA